AUGAUGGCGUCUGCGUUUUCUUCAAACUUUGUCAGCAGUGUGGAGGAGUUCCGUGCCCUUUUCGCCUCGGAUAGCGAUGAUCGGCUUUUGCUCUGCUAUGAGCCGUACCAUGACGGCGUCGCGGCGACGGAUUUAAUGGCUCUUGAGGACGCUGUGCGCUCUGCUGUGACGCAGCACGCUACAAAAGUGCGGCUGCACUUCUGGGACUGCGGCAGCAACGCCUUCGUGGAGGCAAAGGAACAACUUGGGAAGGAGCAGGGCACACCGCUAUUAGCUGUGUUGUAUCGACAGACCCUUGCGGACACGCUUAGGGAGCCGGUGAGCGCAAUGAUACGAAACAUGAAUCGUGUCUGCGAGCGCUUGGCAGCUUACCAGCGUGGUGGAAAGAUCGCAGUGCUAUCCUCCUCGUUGCCGCCGACGGCGUCGCCACAUACUGCCACCAACGAUUUAUGCAUGUCAGUGGAUGUAUCAAGGCUGGUGGGGAUGGGCAAGCGACUGAUGGCGGAGGGCAAGGCCGAGUAUGCGGAGAAGUUUUUUCACCGUGCGCUUGCAACACUUGACGCGGUUAGGUCGCAUUGUGACGGCGACGUCAACGUUGACGGAAGCACCGCCCUUUGCUUGGCGUGGGUGGUGUUGGCACAAAUAGUUCAGGGAAGGAAUGCUGAUGCGCACAUGCGGCGCCUGGAAGCUGAGUACGCAGGAUUUUGCGAGGAUGCCGGAAGUGAUGCUGCGCGUGUGCGGGCUACCUAUCGACUAGUGACCGCGGCACCGCUCACCUGGCGCGGUGACACCUGUAGUCAGAAAAAACUGCGGGAUGUACUAGACCGAGACCCGCAGAGCCACAACCAUCGCUGUGCCCUUGUCGUGACGUUGUUCCUGGCAGGGGAUAUCGAGCGCUCCUUGACAGAGGCAGUCAAACUGACCGUGCUGCAUGUUCCGUUCGGCACCACCGCUAUUUCUGCUAUUGGUGAGUUUAUUGGCCGCGACCAUGCACUGAUGCAGACCAUCGGUGCUGACCGUGAACGCCCGUCGACAGGCGUGUAA